UGUGUACGCGCGCGCCCCCGAUAGAUCCGCCGGUGCGGCCGCGCAUUGCACUUCCGGGAAGGAGCAGUGGCGGCAGCGACUUGGGUGACGGGAAUGUUUAAGCACGUUUUUCUGACGGGACCCCCUGGUGUGGGUAAAACCACCUUGGUCCAGAAGGCCUGUGAAGCCCUGACAUCAUCUGGAGUGGCUGUUGAAGGCUUUUACACCGAGGAGGUCAGGGAAGGAGGGAGAAGAGUUGGAUUUGAUGUUGUCUCUGUGACAGGAAAGAGAGGGAUCCUCUCCAGAAUUGGGUGUUCGUCUGGCUCGUCUGCAGGACGACGCGAGCACAGGGUUGGCCAGUAUCUGGUAGAUCUGGUGUCUUUUGAAAGCUUGGCACUUCCACUUUUCAGAAACGCGAGCCCCGGGGGCCGGGCAGUCUUCGUGAUCGACGAGAUCGGGAAGAUGGAGCUCUUCAGCCAGGAUUUCAUCCGGGCGGUGAGGCAGAUGUUGGGCAGUUCUGGACGGCCCGUCCUUGGCACCAUUCCUGCUCCGAAGGGCAGGCCGUUGGGGCUGGUGGAGGAGGUGCGGAGCAGGUCGGAUGUCAAACUUUUCAUUGUAACCAAAGAAAACAGAAACCAUAUCUUACAAGACAUUGUGGCCGCUCUGCAGGAGAGUCUUGGACAAACGGCGUGAUUAACAGGAAGAACGGAGAAGUCGAAUGCUCGACGCCUUUCCCAAAUUUGCAUCUUUUUGUAAGGCGUCUGAAUAGGCUUUCAUCCAACAUGUGAGCAGCAAAUAGCUUUAUGGCUUCAUUUGUAGCUGAAGGCGCCACACAGGUUUAAAAAAUCUCCCCCUGUAUGCGGAACCUAGUCUGCACGUCACCCUUACAAAAUAUGUGAUAUGUGUUUAUUAUUUGUUUUCGAAGGGUACUUCACGCUCCAUGAUGAUGAAUUAUUGGUUGCGUGAGACAUAAGAGGCACCAGGCCGGCUGGUGCUUAAAGCCAACAAAUUUGCUCCCCGUAUGACUCCGAUAAACCACUUGUUGACAUUUUGUUAGAAAAUCUCCGGCUGUUUUUUCAACUGAGGGAUGAGUUUUUCUGCUCUGGGCGUGGAGGGCAAAAGGUGGUUAAGUGCAGUGACCUGACUUUCACAUAAUCAUCAAAGCCUGUGGGUUUUCAUAAUUUAAGAAGUCAGUAUGUAAAACCACCGGUUCUGCAACUUUUGUUUUUCUUAUGAUUGGAGAAAUUGCACAUUUAACUGACCUCUGAGGACAUUUAAAGGCAGUAGGUUUUAAGUUAAAUGUUAGUUCAUGUUCAUAAACAAGCCCACAGGUUAAUUUAAAUUUCUCAACAGAUUAGUUGAAGUCAGAAAUAUUGUGGCUGUUAGCAUGAUUAUGUUUUUCUAUAUGCAUAAGGUUGUAUUUUUUUGGGGAGCGUGCUUUUGCUUUGUUUUGUAGGAAAUGAUUAAAAAUAUAUGUGUGUAGACCACCAUAUAGGAACAGUACCAGCGGUUCUGUGGUCGAGAGCUGGAAUCUGUGCAGCAUUCUGUCUGAUGGUUUAGCUUGAUGUAAUAUGGAUGUCAGUUCUGUUACAAAACAUCCCUUGAUUUUUGCAUGCAUAAAACAUGCGUCUGCCUUUAAAGACCUCCCUUUGUUCUCUGUAUUUGCAUAAAUGGUGUUUGUAUCUGUG